CCAUCUAGGGGCAUGGCAUGUGACAGAGUCCUUUUAUGUAAGGGUGUAAGGCCUCUCCACGGCACAGAAGAGUGUCUCUAAUGCAGAGAAAUGUGUAGAUCAGAGAGAUCAACCAUUUCAGAGUCAAAACAAGCUACAUUCUAUAAUAAUAGCUUUGAUUUCGAGCUGGCAUUUUACUAAACCAUGUAAAAGGGAGCAAAAUCCAAUGUUAGGUCCGCCAUAAUCCAUUCCUAAUCCAAAUUGGAGCGGGGAACAUGAUCUGUUCGUGUUUGCGAUUGUAAUUGCCAGUGUAAUUCGGAUCCGCUAAUUAUACUCUCCAUUGUAUGUGUAUAUAAGGCUGAUGCCAACGGAACCUGUCCAACAGUUGUUGUUGUGUUUAGGAGAUGUUGUCAUACAUCAUUCCGUUUCUGAUCGUUUCUUCGGCCUUGUACGAUGGCUGUGCCGCAAAGGUGAACCCAAAGGAUACACACCAGAUACAAAUACAUAGUUUGAUCGAUGAAAUCUAUAGAAAAACUGGGAGUGUGAACCCCAAUCGGUCAGCGUGUAUUCCACCAACGAAAGCGUCUUGGAUAUUCAGGUGAGAAUGGAGCGGGUGGGCCGCACGGGGUUUUUCUUCUCGGGAAACGUUUACUAGAACCUCGAAAUCGACGACAGCCUCAUGCUGGAGGUGGUGCUCUACCGGAGCACAACCGGCGCCGAAAGUGACUACAAGCUGACCCCCAUGUCGAUUCCCAGGCAGACAUUCAUCGAAUACCUAAACACCUACUACAAGGACAUGGUGAUCAAGAACCUGGGCGACUGCUCCGAUCUGCCGCAGUACGAGGACAAGUAUGUGCCGCCGUUCCCGAAGAAAACCUACACCCUGACCCGCUGCACCGUCAAUGGCAAGGGGAUGCCACAAGUCCUUCUCGACGGAUUCUACAAGAUUCUAAUCACGAUCAGCCACGCGACAGUGAUCCAAAAGUUGGAAGUCAUUAUUAAAAUCACAAAUACGAUGUUGUGA